GUUCCGGGGUUCCGUCGCCUUCUGGCACCUCACGGGGAAACGAACCUCGUUUGCUGCCCCGUUCGCUCCCUCUGCGUCCCGAGGGGAGGCGGCCUGUGUUUUCUGCGCCUCGUGCCUCUAGGCCGCCGCGCCCCUGGGCCGCCCCUCCCCGGCUGCCGGAGCCGUUUCGUGGCCGUCCUCACUGUUUCCUCUUGUGAAACAUCCCCUCAGGUGGCUGGCCCGCUUCCCACUCGAGAGAGAGGCAGCGCGCUGCGGGGAACGCCUGCGGAGCUCCAGUCUGAUCCGCCGACCCACUGGCAGCGAAACUUGGCCAAGCUUAACAAAUGGCGGCACAGUGUGUCACAAAGGUGGAGCUGACUAUUGCCUGCACCAAUCUCUUGGACAAAGAUGUCGGUUCCAAGUCAGAUCCACUGUGUGUGCUUCUCCAGAACACUAGUGGUCAGCAGUGGUAUGAGGCUGAUCGCACAGAAAGAGUUAAGAAUUCCUUGAACCCAAAGUUUUCCAAGAAAUUCCUAAUUGAUUACUAUUUUGAGCUUGUUCAGAAACUUAAAUUUGGAGUAUAUGACAUCGAUAACAAAACCUUUGAUCUGAAUGACGAUGACUUCUUAGGAGAAUUUGAAUGUACACUGGGACAAAUAGUUUCUAGCAGAACUGUAACAAAACCAUUAGUACUUAAAAAUGGCAGACCUGCAGGAAGAGGAACUAUUACGAUUACGGCAGAAGAAGUGAAGGAUAACAGAGUGGUUGUCUUGGAAGUAGAAGCAAGGAAACUGGAUAAUAAGGAUUUUUUUGGAAAGUCAGAUCCUUAUCUGGAAUUCCACAAGCAGACUGGAGAUGGAAACUGGGUGAUGGUUCACAGAACAGAGGUUAUCAAAAACAACCUGAAUCCUGUUUGGAGGCCCUUUAAAAUCUCUCUCAAUUCUCUGUGUUACAGUGACAUGGAUAAGUCAAUUAAGGUUGAGUGCUAUGACUAUGAUAGUGAUGGAUCUCAUGAUCUCAUAGGAUGUUUUCAAACUACGAUGUCAAAACUGAAGGAAGCAUCUCGAUCCUCACCUGUUGAAUUUGAGUGCAUCAAUGAAAAGAAAAGGCAGAAGAAAAAAAACUAUAAAAAUUCUGGCAUUGUGAGCUUUAAACACUGUGAGAUAAUAGUAGAAUGCACAUUCCUUGAUUACAUCAUGGGUGGGUGUCAGCUGAAUUUCACAGUGGGGAUAGAUUUUACAGGCUCCAAUGGAGACCCUCGCUCUCCAGACUCUCUGCAUUACCUCAGCCCUAAUGGAGUUAAUGAAUACCUAACAGCCAUUUGGUCUGUAGGAAUGGUCAUUCAGGAUUAUGAUACAGAUAAGAUGUUUCCAGCCUUUGGAUUUGGUGCACAAAUUCCUCCUUCCUUUCAGGUGUCACAUGAGUUCCCAUUAAAUUUCGACCCAUCGAACCCAUUCUGUUACGGAAUCCAAGGUAUUGUUGAUGCAUAUCGAGCUUGUCUUCCUCAAGUAAAGUUGUAUGGGCCAACAAAUUUUUCUCCAAUUAUAAAUCAUGUGGCAAGAUUUGCUGCUGCAGCUACGCAACAACAAACAGCAUCUCAAUACUUCAUACUUCUGAUCAUAACGGAUGGUGUGAUAACAGACCUCGAUCAAACUCGAACUGCCAUAGUUAAUGCUUCAAAAUUGCCCAUGUCUAUUAUCAUUGUUGGUGUUGGAGGAGCAGACUUCGAUGCUAUGGAGUUUCUUGAUGGUGACAACGGAGUUCUUAGGUCUGCAUCAGGAGAACCAGCUGUAAGAGACAUUGUCCAGUUUGUGCCAUUCAGGAAGUUCAAAAAUUCUCCAAAAGAAGCUCUGGCGCAGUGUGUCCUGGCAGAAGUCCCUCAGCAAGUGGUGAACUACUUCAGCACCUACAAACUGCAACCUCCUAAGAAUCCUGCUGCAAAGUGAAUGAAUGGGCUUAGCAGGGGAGCUGAGACUGUGCUUGCCUUACUUGCUGUACCUACAGACUUUGGUUCUCAAGAUACUUUUGUAUGGUAACGUCUGUUAGCUUUUGCCUGCAAAUCACUUUGCCAAGUGUGCCUUUUAAGAGCCAAAAUUGUAACUGUGUUAAUAUUUGAUGUUGAUUUGAGAGAUAGGUUUUACAUGGGUGCAUUUUAUUUUGAAGAGUAAAAGUGGUAAAAAAGGAGAGAAGGGGAAGAACAGCUGGAACUGAAACAGCUGUCAGUUUGAUAAAUAUGGCCAGUGGGAGUGUUCGAUGACUUUUGUAGGGAUCAGCACGUCAGACUGCAGCUUUUUGCUGAUCAUAAAACCAGUCUGAAAUGAAAAAGAGCAUAUGUCCCCACCAAACAGAUAAAAGUUUGUAUGUGCCUCAACAAAUUUGAGGUACUUCAGGCUUCUGUGUCUAUUAAGCUGCCAUAAAAAUAACUUUGUUUUCAUAAUUAGACAAGUGCCAGAAGAGAGUGUAAAGGCCCUCCUUGCAUACCUACUUCAUAUUUGCCACUUCACUGCCUUCAGCCCAUGCCUACAAUUCAGAGCUAUUUGAACAUGAGACAAACAACUCCUUAAAGUAUAUAUUCCUUUAUAGUAUGCAGUCUCUUAGUGUAGUAGAGAAAUAACUGGAGUUAAUCAAGGUAAACCUCUAACAUCUCAGAAGAAUACUAUUGGCCUUUGAGGCUACUACUGUACAGGCUGUAAGAUGUGUUUCAGUAUAUACUGUGCUGGAAAAUGGGAACUCCAGAUUUUAUUUUGGCUCUGGUCUGGUUUUGUUUUGCUUUGGUUUUUUGUCCCCCAUAAAACAGUCAGGACUAUCUUUAAAGAGUUUUUGUGAGGUGGAAAUUCACUUUUCAGUUAAAAAGUUUUGUCUGACUUAUAACUGCGUGUUUUCAAGCAAAGACAAUCCUUCAAAGUACUUCGUAAUUUAUAUUGAUUUUGUCAUAUUUUGAAUCAUGCUUCUUUUUCAUGACUUCCCUAAUGAGAAGAGCCUGCGAAAAACAAUCUUCUAUCUUUCUUCUCAGUAGGAAGCCAUAAGAAAGUCUAUGAGCUCUAAUCCUAUACUCAAAUUGUGUUUCUCUAGAGCAAACAAUUUCUGGUUUAUUUUCUUGGCUUGAGUUCUCUCUUCACCAUUUACAUCGUGUAAAUCAUGUUGUGUGUGUUUAGUGGACAGAUUAACCUUUCUUGUCUGCUGGUUGCACGCUGCUUGCUAAGGAUUUCUUCUGAUCCUGUCAGUGCGUGUAACGUAAGUGAAUGCAAGGGUCUCAUCACUUGCCAAAUACCCAUCCUGAACAUUAAUUUUACAGUUUCACAUUGAAGUGGUUUAGAGUUGGAUGUCUAACUGACCUGGUUUGGGAUGAUCUAGCUGUAACAUGUAAGAACAGAACAGACCUACACUAAAUUUAGCAUGUUUGGGCACUCAAGAUUGCACCAAGUCAUUGUGUAUGUGACUUUAUAUGUGACACUUUAUUGUUUGCUAGAGGUGCUCUUCAUGGUUUGGUGUUUUGUUUGUUUGGGUUUUUUUCCCAUUCAUAUAUAAUCCUGUCAAAUCUGAAUUCACAUUAACGUGAUGGAUGAAAGAUAUGUGUAUUGAGAUUGUCUUGUACAUCCUGUAAAAUGCACCAAAUGUUUUGUAGACAGUUGACUAGUUAUAUCAAUCAUGAAUGAAUAUGUUAUUCUCCACUAUAUUUUCCUCAAUGGAAGGGAGUCCUAAAUGGUUUCAGUAGUGGAAUAAUAAGAAAGACUUUUCUUCUUCAUAUUAAGCCAAGCUCACUUUUUUUUAAAAAAAAAAUCAAAUAUGUGUAUAAAAAUCUACAGUCAUCUUUUUAUCACUGCAGUGCAAAUGUUUUGCUACUUCAUACAUAAAUUAUAAUCAAGUGUCAUGUCAGAUAUGUAAAAUAUUAAGAUCAAGGAAGCAAAUAUAAUGAAGCUAAAUCACACUGUUGCAAAUUGAUAUUGUAUGAUUAUGGAACAGUAAACUGUUUCACAGCUACGUGCUCCAAGUACAGAGAUAAUGGGAUGCAGUGCUUUGUCUAGGUAGAUAAUGCUUUGUCUAGAUUCAUUCUUGUGGAUGAGUACUACUGAUAGGAGUACAGGAUGCUACUGAAGUUCCUCUGAGCUCUCUGCCAAAAAUAUAAUGCUUCAUCUGAUUUCUGUUACCAAUUCUUUUUCAAGAUGCCAUGGAAGUGCAUUGAAGUACGUUAGUAGCUAUUACUGUACUAUCUGCUGCAUAUCAAAUACAUAAAUCUUUUUGUUUUGUCUGUAUUCUAUACAUAAAUACUGAGUUACUACAGCAGAAAAUUUAUUAUCUCUUAUUGGAAAAGUGCUCCCGUUUUCCUCCAUCCUAGGGAAUUAAAUAGCAUGUCAAUGACACUUACUUCUCAAUGUGCCCUAUUCUGUGUAAAAGAAAAGUCUUUCAGAUCUGACAGUGGCAAGAACCAUGUUUCUGAUAUAGUUUCUCUUACAGGUGUGCAGCUAACAGCCUGUUGGAAUAUUUGGAAACUUCCAAGUUAGGCUGAAGCAAUAAUGAGUCAAGGAAUACAGAAGUUGUGUGUCAAGGAGUAGGGGAGUUAUUCUGAUGUUUGUUUAUUUCUACAUGUAAAAAAUGCCUUAUUAGCUUGAGUGUGACAAAGCAAAAUAUUGUCAAAGUUCUGUGAAGUAAGAUGUGCUUGUUGGUCACUUGCACCACCUUGUGAUAAAAGUUAUGUAUAGCAGUCUUCAUAAUCAGAUGCUUUUUGCCUUUAAUGGUUGUAAUAUAUACAUAUGUACAGCAAAGGAAUAACCUGUAACCAGAAUUUUUUACUUUCCUAUGUAUUUCAGUUUUACUGAAGUUAACCAAUUUACAGUGCAUAUGCAUUAAAAAGACA